UUACAAGCUCGCUGGAAUCCGAGAGGGACUGAUGUACAUACUGGUCAGGUAUCAUCUCCUCCCUCCGUCUCUUGUUCUGCUUACUCUGCUACUUGCCAGCACCAUGGGCUGUAUCCAGAGCAUCGCCUGCAAGCCGCGUAUUAGAAGGGAGAACAUUGUAGUCUACGAGGUAUCGGCCUCCAUUGACCAGUGCCCAACGGUGAUAGAGGAGAACUCGCCUAUAGUGCUGCGGUAUAAGACACCAUAUUUCAGGGCCUCAGCCGGGAUCGUAAUGCCUCCGGUGCCCCGCAAUGAAACCUGGGUGGUGGGUUGGAUCCAGGCUUGUACUCAAAUGGAGUUCUACAAUACUUAUGGUGACAUUGGCAUGUCCAGCUGGGAGUUACCGGAGCUCCGCGAGGGCCGGGUCAAGGCCAUCAGCGACUCGGACGGGGUCAGCUACCCCUGGUACGGCAAUACCACCGAGACUGUCACCCUCACGGGCCCCACGUCCAAGCCGUCGCGCCUCACGGUCAGCAUGAACGACAACUUCUACCCCAGUGUGACCUGGGCCGUGCCCAUCAGCAACAGCAACACAGCCAUGCUGUCACACAUCACCCGAGACCAGAGCUUCAUCACCUGGCUGGUUGCCAUCAACUCUGUUACCAAGGAGCGCAUUGUGCUGCAGACGGUGCGGUGGCGGAUGCGGGUGGACAUCGCCGUGGACCCUGACAUGCCCCUUGGCUCCCGGGCCUCCCUAGUGGGCCGUCCUCACCAGGAGCAGCCCCACAUCCUCAACUAUCAGGAGCCAAUCCUCUCCAACGCCCUGGGACGACCCAAUGCCAACGACGCCCAAGUGCUGAUGUGGAGGCCCCGCAGAGGGGCGCCCCUAGUGGUCAUACCGCCCAAAUAAGGUCAAAAGGACUGAGAAAAAAGAGAUGUGAUUGGUUCACGGUAAUGAGGAAGUGUGGACCAUCGCAAAGCAGGGGAAUUAUGAGUUAUCUUGCCAAGAUGUCAGCUCUUCACUCAUACCUACUACUGUCAGGGUUCAAUGGAUGAUAAGAAAUUGUGAAACAGUAUUUUCUCUGGACUGGACUGCAUUGGAAUUGGCACAGCGGAAAUUUACAGAGCUAGACUGGUUUUAGGUGCAGGCUCAAAACUGCAUCAGAGUUUGAUUAAGUUGGACUGUUUUUGGACGGCCACAGUCCUGAAUUAGAGUUGUAUCCAUUGGACAGAAAGGGACAGAGCUAUCGAAGUUUCAUUGAGGUGGACUGAACACAGAACUGCAUCCUACUGUAGAUCUUAUUGCAUGAGAAAGAAAACGGUCUAUGACUGGAAUAAGAAUACCAUUUUAUAUAAGCUCAUCACAUUGAGGAUAUUGAAUGGAACUUCUUACAUUGGCCAUGAAAUCCUGCAAGCUGGAAAAUCUCCUCAGUGCCAAUUAUGGAUAUAACAGCCUUUAACGCUCAUACAACAUUUUAAAAACACAUCGUUAGAUUUAAUUAUGAGUCAAAUCAUAUUAUAUAAAUUUUCUGUUAGUUUAAGAUUAACUCACAUCAAUCAGAUUGUAUUAAGAACACCGACUUGGCAUAAAGUUCUACAAAGAAAUGGUCUGAUUGUAGUCUUAUUGAAAUACGCCAUGUUUAUCCAUUCAAAUAGAAACAUAGAACAUGGACGGGUUAAAGGUGUGGGUUUUCUCGUGUCGGUUGAGUAUCUACACGUACAAACAUGAAUGUCCAAGUCUAAGUCCAACCCUUGCCACUACCCAUAUUGCUUAUCUUUACCAUCCAUUCCGAUAUACUCAAAGUGUCUUGGGUGAGGGGAUAGGGGUUUAUUUGGGAUUGGGCCAUAGUCCCACAGUACACUAUUAAGGCAGUGGUCUGGGCUGGUAUUGGGUUUAUUCAGAGGUGUCCCUAUCCUAUUACACAAUGUCACAUGAUUCAUUCUCCAUCUAUGCUCCUCACCAGGUUCAGUCCACACCUUCCCAUCUGUCUGUCCAUCUAUUUCUCUCCCUCCCAUCACUCCAUUCUCUCUCCUCUCCACAUGUCACAAUCCCUGAAUUUCUCUCCACUCCAAGACUAUGCAAACACAGAGGGACUGUUGAGUGAGAUAAAAAAAAGUACCAGUCAAAAGUUUGGACACACCUACUCAUUCAAGGGUUUUUCUUUAUUUUUUACUAUUUUCUACAUUGCAGAAUAAUAG